GUCGCGGUGGUUUUGCUGUCGAUGCUUCCUUCUUCCUCCUAGCUUAAAUGGCGAGCUCUGCGGGUCCUGGUCGCGGCGGGCCGGGACUCUGGUCCUCGAUGCUGCUGCUGCUGCUGCUGGGGCUGACGGGGAUGAGCGUUCCGGUCGGUGCUGUGUCCGAACCGGGGAAAUGGAUCGUGAACGUUGACAGCGAAAGUCUGAAGAAGCCGAACUUCUUCUUUUUCACUAAAACCUUGUUCAAUAGCAGCUUCAUCCAUCUCAAAGUGGUGACAGAGACCUGUACGUUGUCUUCACCCGUCCAGUUGGACGUGUCCUGGUAUCUGAGGAACUCACACUGCUACACUGAAUUCUUGAGUUUGAACGCGUCGAAGGCAGAAAAAUACUUCAUGUCGACGGAGGUCAAAGGAGGAGGCGGAAGUGGAUAUUAUGUUUUUCAUAAAUAUCCUGCCAUCACCUGCAAGCACCACAUGUUUCACCUUGAUACAUUUGGGACGAAAACACGACUAGAAGAAAUCCCUCAGCAGGCUGCUGCAGCACAGACGCAGAAUCCUUCAAAUGUCACAGAAAAGGCUGUCGUCGCUCCAAAAGAGGAUGCAGGUCAAUUCAGUGCGGUGGCUGAGACCUGGGAGGACGGACCCUACAUGUUCAUCCUGAAAAUCAAAGAAAUCAAAGACAAUGCCCGGGCCCCGGACAUCGCUAACAUCCCCAAACCCUGGAAAUUACAGCUGGAGAUCAGCAUGAAGGGGUCACAUGACUACAUUUCAGCAACUGAGUGGCCUAUGAUGGUGUUCCUCAUGGUGAUGUGUAUCGUGUACGUGCUGCUGGCGGUGCUGUGGUUGGUUCUGUCGGCGUGUUACUGGAGGGAUCUGCUCAGGAUCCAGUUCUGGAUCGGAGGAGUCAUCUUCCUGGGCAUGGUGGAGAAAGCCGUCUACUACGCUGAGCUGCAGAACAUCAGAUACAAUGGCUUGUCAGUCCAGGGGGCGGUGGUGUUUGCUGUGGUGCUCUCUGCCGUGAAGAGGACUCUGGCCAGAAUUCUUGUGAUCAUCGCCAGUCUGGGAUAUGGCAUCGUCAAGCCCAGACUCGGGGCGUUGCUCCACAGAGUUGUCGCGGUCGGUAUGCUCUACCUGAUCGUCUCUAUCAUUGGGGGGAUCCUAAAAGUCAAUGCUGAUCGAGGCGACAACAUCCGACCUACACUGUUGUGUGAAAUAGUGAUGGCCUUCACUGACUCCUGUAUUGUCUGGUGGAUCUUCGUGAGUCUGGCCCAAACGAUGAAGCUGCUGAAGCUGAGGAGGAACACGGUGAAGCUGUCGCUCUACAGACACUUCACCAACACGCUCAUCUUCGCCGUCAUCGCAUCUGUCAUCUUCACCAUUUGGGCCUUCACAACUUUGAAGAGUGAUACUUGUCAUUCUGACUGGAGGGAGCUGUGGAUAGAAGACGCGUUCUGGCCCUUCUUGUUCUCCAUCAUCCUAUUGGUCAUCAUGUUCCUAUGGCGACCAUCAGCCAAUAACCAGAGGUACGCCUAUAGUCCUCUGUUCGAUGAAGAGAGUGAGGAAGAGGAGCAGGCGCCCAUGGCGAACGAGGCUUUCGAAGGGAUGAAAUUGAGGGGCAUGAAAAACGAGACCAACGGAACACCCAAAGCCAACAAAGUGGAUGAGGAUCUGAAAUGGGUCGAAGAGAACAUCCCGACAUCUUUGGCAGAUGUUGCAUUACCCCCCCUGCUGGACUCUGAUGAGGAAACAAUAAUGACUAAAUACGAGAUGUCCAAGAUGGAGUAAAGCGGAAGACGAGAGAUGAACGGAGGAAAAAAACACACCAGUCUGCUAGACAGAUACAUGAUACAGAUAAAUGUUGUGUAUAGGAUGGAUUUAAAGGGAAAGGUGGCUGAUUAAAGGGAAUCGAUGGGAGGUAAAGGGAACGCAGGCAGCAAGUGUUUGCUUUGUGAGACGGUGUGUCUGAAUGUGAUCUAACCCUGACUUUAUGAGCUUUGUAAGCCUUGACUGUACAUAGACUGGGAGUUAAAUUGAUCAGAGCAGCACACAGAUUCUUUUUAUUUGUAUUUUAUAUAUAAAUAUCUAAAGUUUAUUUUGACAAAUUUGAUGUGUUCUGCUAGAGAGCAGCUUGUUUGCCUUUUCACUGUUUACAUGUGGAAAUGUUAUUUUUUUUCAAUACAGUCAUCAGACAUUUGUGUUUUCACUGUUGACACAACAUGAGCGCCCCCAGUGGUUCUGUUGAGUCCUUACCUGUGUUUUUCAGAUCUGAAAUAAACAAAUUAAUUGUAUGUAAAUGCAUAUACACAUCGUUUUCUCAUUCUUACUUAUUGGAGCUGUGAGGUUUGUCGUCAUUUGGUUUUGGUUUUGGUUUCAGCUGUGGUUCCAGUGCAAUUUGAACCAAUAAACUGUUCACGUUGAGAUUAUUUUAUAAAGACUACGUAUGAAACUGAA